GUGUGUCCAAAUAUCAUCAUCAUCAUCAUCAUCUAUAUCGAUAUCAUCGUCGUAGUCAUCGACCAUCAAAAGUAUCAUAGAUCAGCAGCGACAACAACAACGACUACCACCGUUUAGAAGACUUAAAAAAUCGAAAAAAAUGCAAUUAAAAGAAGUGAAUGAAUUUUGUGGCAAUGGUAUUGGAAAUAUAUCGGAAACAACGGAACAAUCAACAAAUGAAUCGAUUGCAGGUGUCAACGGCGUGAUCAAUAAAGCCUAUUUGAAUGAAGCAGAAGAAGAAGAAGAAGAAAAGGGAAAUGAAAAAAUCAAAAAUUUCCAUCAUAAUAACUAAUGGUGAUGAUCAAAAUAAUAAUCCAAUUAUGGAUGAUAUGGAUCCGAAAAAAAUGAAUAAUAAUACUAAAUCAUUGGCUAUGAUUAAUGGUGAUAUUGAAAAACAAUCAUCAGUAUCAUCGACAAAUGUUUCAACGAUUGAUGAUGAUGAUGAUGAUGAUGAGAAGAAAACAUUGUAUCAAAUACAAACAUCAUGGGCCGUAUUACGACAAAUGUUGUUACCAUUUUUAAUCGCUGGAAUUGGUUCUGUAUUUGCUGGUGUCGUAUUGAAUGCCGUAACACAAUGGCCAGUUUUUGUCGAUAUUCCACAAAUUUCCAUAAUGGUUACAGCAUUUUUAGGCCUUAUCGGAAACAUUGAAACAACAUUGGCAUCACGUCUGUCCACACAAGCAAAUCUUGGACGAAUGGAUUCAUGGCAUGGUAUUCGUGAUAUUGUUUUCGGUAAUUUUAUGGUCAUUCAAUGUCAGGCAUCCACAGUGGGAUUAUUCGCAGCAAUUUGUUCAUUAGCUAUAUCGGCUAUACGUGAAGAGACAAGACAAAAAAUUUCUACAGAUUCAAUCAUUUUAUUAUGUUCAACAUCAGUGGUUACAUCGAUCAUUGCAAAUACAUUGAUUGCUACAAUAAUCAUUAUCGUUAUACUUGUAGCACGUCGACUUCGAAUUAAUCCAGAUAACAUAUCGACACCUGUUGCAGCAUCAAUGGGUGAUGUUUGUACCAUAAGUAUUCUAGCACAUGUUGGUCAAUACCUUUAUGAAUUACAAUAUGGUCGUCAGAUUCAGAUCACAUUGAUGGUGUUGUGUUUAUGUGCAGCACCUGUAUUUGGUGUGUUUGCCAGACGCAAUCGUUGGACAAAAUCGGUAAUUUAUUCUGGAUGGACUGCCAUUCUUGGUGCCGUUAUAAUUGAACAACCGGGUGGUGUUGUAAUGGAAAAAGCAUUUCAAAAUUAUAAAGUCAUGUCAACGUUUCAACCAUUGGUCAAUGGUAUCGGUAGUAAUCUUGUCGGCAUACAAACAAGUCGUAUGUCAACAUUUUUACAUGCAUCUGCACCGAAAGGAUUGCUGCCUACAUCGAAUCCAACUCCUUUUGUUAGUCCAUGGUUUGUUUUUUGUUCCAAAGAUCUACAUGCACGAAUGGCCCGUCUUUUAAUGAUGGUCAUUGUUCCGGCCCACCUAUUCUAUAUGGCCAUCAUAUUUACAUUACAAAGUACAUUUGAUUUUAAUUUCGUCGUAACCGGACCAUUUAUGUCAGUUUAUAUAAUCGCUGUUGUCUUACAAUUGGCUUUAUUACUAUAUUUGGCAUAUAUAUCGGUAUUUUGGGCAUGGAAACAUCGUAUCAAUCCUGAUAAUUCAGCCAUACCAUUCACAUCGGCAUUGGCCGAUGUUUUCGGUAAUUGUUUAAUGGCUGUUGCAUUCACUUUCUUGAAAUGGAUUAAUGAUGAAAAUACAACAAUAAUGGAAAAUAAUGAUAAUAAUGAUGCCAGUUUGAUGACAACCAUUUUUACGAAUUAUAAUAAUAAUAAUAAUAAUUUAACAACAUCAACAAUAGCUACGACGACUGAACAAUUGCUCAACAAUUCUACAAUCAUUUAUUAUUGAAUUUUAACGAUGAAUUUAAUAAUUUUUUAAAAUUUUUGAUUUAUUCAUCAAUGUUAAUGAUGAUGAUGAUGAUGAUGAUGAUGAUGUAGUCACUUCAUGGCAUCAUUAUCGACUAUACCAAUGCAUUUUAUUGAAUGAGGAUUUGGCAUUUUUUAAAAUAAUUUUCUACAUUCUUGUGAUUUUAA